UGGCGGGGCGUGGGGAGCCCUUGCUCAAUGAUCUGCCUGCCCUGUUGCUCAGAGGACAUAGCUACCGGGAAAGCCUUGGCUUGUUUAGGGGCUCCCCAAGGGAUCCUGGUGGCCCUGGCUUCUGACCUGGGCCUUUUUUGACGUGGGGGUAGGAACCAGCUCUGGAGGUCUCUGGCCCCUCCCGAGGACCAUGCCGCAGCCCCACUGACCCAGGAGUAGGGGCCUGAGGGCAGGGCACCUGGAAUGGGCUGUGUGUUCUGCAAGAAGUUGGAGCCGGGGACCAAGGAGGAUGUUGGCCUGCAAGGGGACUUCAGGGGCAGUGGGGCUGUGGACCACUAUGGCCCUGACCCUACUCAGGCCCGGCCUGUGUCCUCCUUUGUCCAUAUCCCCAACUACAACAACUUCCCCACUCAGUCCACCAGCACCCCCUUCCUCGAUGGGGGUGUCAUCAGGGGCAUCUCAGGGGCUGGGGUGACCCUGUUCACCGCUCUGUAUGACUAUGAGGCCCGGACAGAGGAUGACCUCACCUUCACCAAGGGUGAGAAGUUCCACAUCCUGAAUAACACUGAGGGUGACUGGUGGGAAGCUCGGUCUCUCAGCUCUGGACAAACUGGCUACAUUCCCAGCAACUACGUGGCCCCUGUGGACUCUAUCCAGGCUGAAGAGUGGUACUUUGGAAAGAUCGGGAGGAAGGAUGCGGAGAGGCAGCUGCUCUCCCCGGGGAACGCCCGGGGGGCCUUCCUCGUUCGUGAGAGUGAGACUACCAAAGGUGCCUACUCCCUGUCCAUCCGAGAUUGGGACGAGGCCAGAGGCGACCAUGUGAAGCAUUACAAAAUCCGCAAGCUGGACACGGGUGGCUAUUACAUCACCACACGGGCCCAGUUCAACUCGGUGCAGGAGCUGGUGCAGCACUACGUUGAGGUGAACGAUGGGCUAUGCCACCUGCUCACAGCGGCCUGCACCACCAUGAAGCCGCAGACAAUGGGCCUGGCCAAGGACGCCUGGGAGAUCAGCCGCAGCUCCAUCACGCUCCAGCGCCGGCUAGGCACCGGCUGCUUCGGAGACGUGUGGCUGGGCAUGUGGAAUGGCAGCACGAAGGUGGCGGUGAAGACGCUGAAGCCGGGAACCAUGUCCCCGAAGGCCUUCCUGGAGGAGGCGCAGAUCAUGAAGCUGCUGCGGCACGACAAGCUGGUGCAGCUGUACGCCGUGGUGUCGGAGGAGCCCAUCUACAUCGUGACAGAGUUCAUGUGCCACGGUAGCUUGCUGGAGUUCCUCAAGGACCAGGAGGGCCAGGAUUUGACACUGCCCCAGUUGGUGGACAUGGCAGCCCAGGUAGCUGAGGGCAUGGCCUACAUGGAGCGCAUGAACUAUAUCCACCGCGACCUGAGGGCAGCCAACAUCCUUGUUGGGGAACGGCUGGUGUGCAAGAUCGCUGACUUCGGGCUGGCCCGUCUCAUUGAGGAUAAUGAGUACAACCCCCGGCAAGGGGCCAAGUUCCCUAUCAAGUGGACAGCCCCAGAGGCUGCUCUCUUUGGCAGAUUCACCAUCAAGUCAGAUGUGUGGUCCUUUGGGAUCCUGCUCACUGAACUCAUCAGCAAGGGCCGAGUUCCCUACCCAGGCAUGAAUAACCGGGAAGUGUUGGAACAGGUGGAGCAUGGGUACCACAUGCCAUGCCCUCCGGGCUGCCCAGCAUCCCUGUACGAGGCCAUGGAGCAGACCUGGCGUCUGGACCCAGAGGAGAGGCCUACCUUCGAGUACCUGCAGUCCUUCCUUGAGGACUACUUCACCUCCACAGAACCCCAGUACCAGCCUGGGGAUCAGACAUAACCUGUUUGAGCAUCAGUCACCUUUCUAGGGUACCCACCAAUCCCUUCCAAUCCCCAGGGCUCCGGUCCCAAAGCCCCAGGCUUAGAACCCUACAGGGUCCUAGCAGGUCAGAGCAACCUGCUUGCUCUGACACCAUCGAGGCCAAUUCACUCAUUUUAAAGGUGGGGUAAAUCGAGGCUUGGAGAUCAUCCCUCACUCUGGCCCCAAGCACUGUUUCUCCCCUUCCUACUUAGACCCCUACCUCUCAACUCUCUUCCCACCUCUCCUCUAACAGAAAUGCUUAGACUUAGUCUAGUUAUUUAUAAAACUGUAUAUCCUUUCCCUCAUUUUCCUCCUAUCCCUGUUUUUUUACCCUGUCAUCCCGCCCUGAAUUCACCUCCAACUCAAUUCUCUUGUGUCUGUAUUUUGCAAAGACAGGGAAAGUCUUUCCUGCUGGGUGGACACCGUAGUCCGGGACCGGGGUCCAAGCCCAGGGUGAGGGAGAGGCUUGCUGAGGACUCACCACCUCUCUGAAUCAUGUGUGUGUUUAUUGAUUUUGUAAAUAAGAAAAGUGAUAAUAUGAA